GGCAAAUUGCUUGUAGUAGCAGUUUGCGAAGCCAUCUGGGCCUGGUGCUUUGCCCAAUGGCAAUAAUUUGAUGGCUUCUGCGACUUCUGCAACUGUUAUGCUAGCCAUGAGUUCCUGUGGUUGUUGGGGUGUGAAUGUUGACAGGGAUAUGGAGUUCAGGUAUGUCCGUAUAGCUUGGGGGUUCGGUUGGGGUGUGUGUGCAUCCUCGGCUAGGUUGUACAGUGAGGCGUAAUAUUGUGCAAAUAUGUUGCUUAUGUCUUUAGGUGCUGUUAUUUUGUGUCCCUUGGUUUAUGUUAAAUACGUUAUUUUUUGUUGUGCUUGCUUGGUUUUGAGAAGUUGGGUUGUCAGUUUGCCUGCUUUGUUUCCCUGAGAAUAUUGGGUUGCUUUUAGUUUUUGCAGGUAGUAUCCUGUUUUUUCUAGGGCUUGUUUAUGUAUGGCCUGUGUAAUCGUCAUAAUGCGCAGUUUCAGUUCGUGGGACGGGGUUCGUUGAUUUUGGGAGUUAAGGUCCUGCAGUUACCUUUGCCAUUGUCGCAUCUGUGUUUGUGCUUGUCGUUUUAGGAAUGAUGCCCGUUUUAUCAGCAAACCCCUGGUUACCGAUUUGUGUGCCUGCCAUAUUGUGUUGUGGGAUGUAUCCUCAGUGUUGUUUUCUGUGAAGUAGUAGGUGAAUUCUGUUUCUAGUGUUUUUUUAAAUGUAUUGUCUGUGAGGAGUGAUGCGUUGAGUCUCCAUGGGCUUCUAUGUGCGGAGUCGUAUAAGUCUGUCAUGGUCACCACCACUGGUGCAUGGUCCGACCACGUUAUCUGUUCAAUGGAGCAGUCUUUGACCUGUUCCAGGUAUUGGCCCGUAAUCAGUAUGCCAUCGAUUCAUGAGUAGGUAUUAUGUACGGUGCAUAGGAAUGUAUAUCCCCGUUCCCCCGCAUGUAGUGCACGCCAUACGUCGUAGUGAUGGUUGUCUUGCAGUAAUUUUUGUAGUGCCCUGCCCUGUUUCUUGAGUGGUUUCAGUCUAGUGGUUGUGUGUGGGCCUGUGGUGUCCAUCAGUGGGUCCAGUACGUGGUUAAAGUCCCAAACAUAUCACCCCUAUUCCCUGGCGUAUAGUCGACAGUUUUUUAAACACAUUGUGGAAGAAGUUUCUUUGUUCCUUAUUUGGGGCAUAGACACUUGCAAUCGUGUAUAGAACGUCAUUAAUUGUCCCCACCACCAUAGCGUAUCUACGCUCUGUGUCUACCUCAGAGUGUAUGAGGGUGAAUGCCACAUCUCUGCUGAUGAGUAUUGAGGCCCCUUUAGAUUUGGUGGAGUAUGUGGCGUGAAAUUGGUGUGGGUAGUCUUGCUGAAACAGAGGUGAAUGUGUUUUGGAGUUAAAGUGUGUCUCCUGGAGGCACACUACCUCAAGUUUGAGUUGGCUUAAAUCUUUGCUAAGCAAGCCUCGCUUCACUGGGUGAUUGAGCCCUUUAGUAUUGUGAGAGUAUAUUUUCAUGGGGGGUUGUACAUUUGGGUUUCGAGUUGUGGUGGACCUGUAAUAUCUAUUUGCAGGAGAGGCACCCUUCCCAGCAUUAACGAACCGGGUGUCCACUUCCUGUUUCGGGCCUUGUGCGGGUGAUAGCCCCCACUACGGGGGGGAACCUUGUGUGGCAUGGUAGUGAGAGAUUGUAAAUGCAUUAAUUGUGUAUAAUGAAAAACAUGGAGGUUAAACAGAUGAACUAAAACAUUUAAAACUAAAUAUUUUGCCAUAGUAUUGGCCUUGCGCCUUAUGUAGGCACUGUGGGGUAGGAAGCAGUGUGCUUCCAUGCCUGAACGCAUUGGUCUUUUGGCCUAGUCGGGGUGUGUCAGUGGUGUUUGCACCCUCUUUUCGUGUCAGUUUAGAGAGUACCGAUUUCUUGUUAAGGGGGGUCAGGUAGAGUGCCUCUGGGUCCCCGGUUUUACCCCGGUUGCGAAUUGGGUUAUAAUAAAAUUAGGGUGAUGUCUAUCACACUUUGUUCCCCUUGGCAGGAACCCUUUCCCCCCUCUAGUCAAUGUCCCAUUGUCUCUGUGAGAUACUUGCCACUGUCCGUGGAUGUGGGCCGCAGCCUUAUUUGUUUCUGGUGACCUUCUUCCAUGUUGGCGGUAGUUUGGCCCGUGCUGCGGCUUGGGAUGGCAUCCGCGGUGGUGGCAGGCCCCAAUCUUUCAAUGCUUGGAUACCGGCUUCUGGGGUCGUGAUGGUCGUCAAUUUGCCUUCAUGCAUGACUAGUAGCUUGACUGGGAAUCCCCAUCUGUAUGACUUCUUGUGUUGUCUCAGUUGCUCUGUAAUUCCUGAGAAGGUUUUCCUUUUUUUCAGCGUUACUGCUGAUAUGUCCGCGUAGAUUGUGAUCCCCUGGUAUGGUGUUGGGAGAUUCGGGCGCUGCCUGUUUGCCCUCAUGAUGUCUUCCUUUACAUGGAAAUAAUGUAGUCUUACUAGUGUAUCCCGUGGCUCUUCUGCUGUUAGGAAUCUCGGUUUGGGGACUCUGUGGUAUCUGUCUAGCAGGAGCAUGUCAUGGUGUAUGUCUGCAAUGAGGAUUUUAAACAGGCCUUGUAAGUACGCAAGUAGAUCCGCCGUGCUGACUGUCUCUGCCACCCCUCUCAGAUGCAGGUUAUUCCGUCUUGAACGGUCUUCCAUGUCCGCCAGCUUGUUUCCAAAGGUCUCUAUUGUGUCCUGCAUUUCAUCCAUUUCGGCUCGCAUGACAUUAUAGACUUCAGCUUGGUCUGCCAUUUUGUCUUCCAAUGACAAUGUGCGCGUACCCAGAUCUCGUAUUUCAGAUUUGAUUUCGUUUAGUGAUGUUUGAAGGGUGAGUUGCAGCUUUUGGUGCAUGUCAUCCAGCAUUCUUUGUAUUAUGUUUUGGGUUGCUGGGGUAUCUCCAGCAGUUGGUCCUUGUAUGUCAGUUUGUCCGCCAUGGGCGCCAUCUUGGGGCUCCUCUGAUCUCGCCAUCAUUUUCCCCUGGGCAUUCCGGACAGUAAAAAAGUUGUUUUUUUCGGUCUGUCUUCGUCCCUUGUGUUGGGACAUUGUUGCUGGGGCCGUGGUAACACGGAGCUACACUGACAUGCUGCUGCUGUGCUCGAGCUCCAGGCCAUGCCCCCAACAUGUGUGCAUUUAAAUAUGCAUUUUUUAUAACUAAAACACCUUGCAAAAGCUGCAGUUCUCUUGUGCUAUGCAACCCUUCCUCUUUUCCCCUCGCCCUUCCUCUUUGGCUGUCCAAUCACAUCCUUCCUAAUGCAGCUCAAUGAGACGCAAGGCAGGUGGCUCUGGGCUAUUGCUGCCUCUUGAGUUUUGCUCCACUGAGUUAAACAAAUAGAAAGUAAAGGGCUGGUUGUAUGAUUGACAGCCGAAGGGUGUAACAAGGUAAAUUUUUAAUGAAAUGCGCACUUUUGUUAAAUGAAAAAAGAAGACACUCUCUGCACACAUAAAGCACUUCAGCAAGCUAAAAUUCUUCUAGGGGUCUGUAAUGUCCCUUUCAUUUUGUAACACAAUGGAAUUAUCUUGAAUCAGUAUGGUUCAAACAUUCUAGGUUCUACUAGACAAUGUUAUCUGGUUGAUUGACGAUGUCUAAACUCACCCAUUAUUUAUUGGGUUAAUAAUUAUCGUCCCUUGAUACAUGGACCACACAGAAUAUAUGGAUGGAUGUUCUAACAAACAGACAGAAACGUCCCGUGUCAAAUACUGAAUCUGUCAAAUGUGUAGUACAAGACAAUCCAAUCUAACUGUAUCUCUGUUCUACCAAGACUAUAAAGGCACCAUCAAAUAAUUAUUAGGGAUUGUUUUUGUACAUUAUUUGUUUUGUUGAAUUCUUCCUCGUUCUAUCUACUUAGAUAUGUCUUUGUUCUUGAGGUGGUUAAUUACCAAUCCUCCCCAGCAAAUUAAUAAUCCACCUAUUUUUGCAUAUUAUAUUUAUAAUGUACCUGCUACGGUGUAUUAUGUAAAUUGCUCAAAGUUUAGAAUGUUUAAGCUCUAAGCUCCCCCCAUUUUACUUCCCCAUUUGUGCUUUGAGAUUGCCCCACCUUGAAGCCUCCUGGCAAAAAAAACAUACUCCAACUGAAUUGCUUAGCAUUACAUGAAUUUGGAGAGGAGAGAAUGAGAAGGAAUUAUAGUAAGAAUGUCGGAAACAUACACCAAAACUGUGCUUUUUAAAUCAAUGGGCAAAAUACUCUCACAGGUAACAAGUUCAAGGUUUUAUCACUGUCUUAUCUCAAAUGUCUUCCCAACCAGGGUAUCUGCUACUCUGUUUGUUUGUUUUUUUGUUUGUUUUUGUUAAUCAGUAUCUUAUGGACUGUAUAAUUCUUUGUUACCUUUAUCUUUUGAUAAUUACACUGUAAUGACAUAAAUUGAGAUUUUAUUUUUUAAGUAAAAAAAAAUAUCUCUAUCAUCUAUAUUCUUUUCAUUUGAUUAAGAAAUAGGGGUAGACAUUUAUAUUUUAUAAUUUUUAGAUUUUCAAUGCUCUCGUUCAUAAAAUAAAUUAUUUUCAUGUAAUUUCUUUUGCCUUGCUCAUCUCGUAUAACCUAUUUCUGAUUUAAAUUUUCUUCUAAUUUUCUGCUAUUACAAUUACCUUCUUGUAUAUCUUAUGCUUCCAUUGUAAGCCAACUUGCUGUUGUUUUUUUUACCAAUAAAAUGACUGCACUGAAUCAAUAUAUUUCAAUAAAUCAGUAUUUAGAUUCUUCACAAUUUAUAAUAAAGGUUAUACUCACAUAUGCAAAGAUGUACAUACACACAAUGAGAGAAUAUUACAUACAAGACAACAAACAAAAACAGACAACACACGAAUAGAAACACUCACGUACAGAAGCACUUGCUAGUUACAUACAAUUAUAAAUAAUGCAAAAAUGCAAAACACAUGCCCAUGCAGAUAUACACAAAAACAUGUAUAAAUAGUCAUAGGUGCAAAAUUACACAAGCACACGCCAAUAUGUAUGCAGAUAUAGACAAUAUUGUUCACUAAUUUACUCUCACUAACAAACAUAUGCAGACAUUCACAAUAUCAUACACAGGGUUAAAAAAUGUACUUGCCUACUAGCCAUUGGCUAGUGACAAUUCAUCCUGUUGAGUGUAAUAUUGACCCUCCAGGUUAGGACUGACAAGUCAUUUCUAGGCCUGUCUAGUAAAACAGUACUUGAAAUUUUGCACCGUGAUACACACAUAUACGCACUCUCACAUAUAUGUGUAGAUGUUGCACAUUCACAGAUAUACAUUAUUAUAUGGAUAUUGUAAACUGUCAAUGAUGAUAGCUUAGAGGUUAUAGCUCCAACAGCUACAUCUCAUAAUAUCAAAUCCAAAUGCUGGCAAGGUCAUCUCAGAUGUUCCUUCUUCCGAUAAAAAUAAGUAUCAAUACUUUGGAUAUUAGGAUUUAGACCACAGGAUGGAUUUCAAAAGUAAUACAAAAGUCCUUUUAUUAUUUCAUAAUUAAAUUACACUCUUAGGGGUUAAGGGAUGUAGGAUUAGGGGUACCUGCUUUUAAGAUAAUUUUGAUGUAUAGCAUCUUUGUUUCCCAGCCAGGCAAAGCCUUAAUCAAAAAUCCCUUUACUGUAAACCCAGAUACCUCCACUGUAAUAAGGGAUCGCUCCAUGGUGUGCAUUGCUGUAUCUUGUGUCAUUACUGUAACAUGUACAGCAGUGUAUGUUGUGUUGAAAUGAUAGUACAAAACCAAAAGAAAAACAAAAACAUGGGCAGUACACCAAAUACCUAUGCACAUUUAAAUAACAGGUGGUUUUUGUAGUGUAAGCUCACCUGCCCCAUCAAGGCAAAUCCUACACCAGGGAUAGGCAACCUUCAGCACUCCAGAUGUUGUGUACUACAUCCCCCAUAAUGCUGUUACACCCAAAAUGCUGGCAAAGCAUCAUGGGUGGUGUAGUCAGCGCCGGCCCUACCCAUGCUGCAGCCGCCCGAGAAGAAGAAAUUGGUAGGGGAGGAGGGAGAAGAAGAAAUUGACAGGGGGGAGAAGAAGAAAUUGGUGGGGGGAGAAGAAAUUGACGGGGGUGAGAGUGACAGGGGAGGGAGGGGCAAUGAGAGUGAGAAGGGAGAGGGGAGAAGAGAGUGACAAGGGAGAGGGGGAGAAGAGAGUGACAAGGGAGGGGGGAGAGAUUGACAUCCAUCACACACACAUGCAAUGCACCCCUUGCACACAAAAAAACACACAAUGCAUUACACACACACACACACACACACAAACAAUGCAACCCUUACACACAAUACAUCCCUUACACACACAGAAACACACAAUGCACCCCUUACACACACUCAAUGCACCCCUUACACACGCACAGACUGCAUCCUGUACAUACACAGAAACACACCUUGCAGCCCUUACACAUACAAACACAGAUUCACACAAUGCAUUCCUUACACACAUAUCAGGACAUCCCCUACACACUCCACCCCCUGUGAACAAACUCAUUGGUGGAACAUGAAGGUGGACCCUGGGACCCAGACCUUGAGCUGUGUAAAGGGCCCCCAAAAAAUGGAGCUGCUUCCCGUUCUCCCAGAACAUUGAUUUUUGUGACCACAGUUACAAACCGCCUCCAGAGAGCCUGUUCUACACCAGACCAGUGGAGCCAGACUGCAGCUAGAGCCCAUCAUCAUCCUCAUCUGGUUGUAAGUAGGCAAUCAAGUAUAUUAUUCGUGGCACUAAUCUCUAAUUUACCUCACAUUAAAGAAACACUAUAGUCCCCAGAACCACUGCAGCUUAAUGUAGUUGUUCUGGUGUUUAUAGCCUGUCCCUGCAUGCCUUAUAAUGUAAACACGGCGGCACUGCAGCACUGGCGUUAGUUAACAUGGCAGAUCAUAUGGGUGGAGCAUUGUGAUGUCACAUGGGGGGGGGGGGCUGCAAACUUGCACCGGCCCUGGGUGUAGUCCAAAACAUCUGAAGUGCCAAAGGUUGCCUAUGCCUGUCCUACACUAACAAUUCACCUCGCUGUUUUUGGACAAAAGGUAAAAUCUCUAAUGAGACCCAAAGGGGUAUUCUUAUGUCCCCCUAAACACUUUUUAACCCUUUGUAGGACAAACAGGAGGUGGACACACUGUAAAAUGGCUGUGUAAUUGUGCGUUUUUAACUUGUGUGUUUGUAUUGCAACCGUGGUGAUCAAAACAGAAAUAUAAAAAUGAUGUAGCCUUUUCAAUGCAACACCAUCACAGCACAAUGAUAAUUAUUCCAGUAUUUUAAAAGUCACCAUUUUAAUUCCAUCAAUGAAAUGAAUCCUUUUAUUCUAUUGACAUUGUUAUUUUAAGUUAACCUCAUAAAAAAACACACAAUGAAUGUUGAAAUGUCAUCCAGAAGAAGAGAGGUGCGGAUAAUGUUGUAUAACAACAGCACUGCAGGGGUUAAUAUGAACAUAUGAUGUCAUGUAUCACCAAAAUGUGCAUUGCCUGCAGGUAAGGUAGCAAGUUUAUACAUUAAACUGUACACAUAUAUUUACGUUCACUUCAAAUAAAGUAUGUGGCAGCUAUUUAACUAUUGCUCAAUAGAAUGAUCACUGCUAUGUAAUCCUAUAAUUCUAGACAUGUGCUUUAUUUAAAAUCACUGCCCCAUCUGUAAAGAUUAUUAUUUAAUGACAGCCUUCACGUAAUUUCAUUUCAUGCUGUGUGAAGAGUGUUUGACACUUUUAUAAAAUUAAUCUGGUAACACCCACUCAUCUUUCAAACUAACAACAGGUCCUGCUACUUCCUGGUUUGCUUAGCUCAGUUGAGCUCAGUGGCUGGAUCAAUCAACGGGGCAAUUGCCCCCCCCCCCCGAGAAAUCCGACGGUCUCCCUCUCCCCUGCCAGCACAUGCAGGUGCUAGCCCUGCAAUGUGCCUGCGGACCGGAGGGGAGAUUACAGAUCUCCCCCGCCUCGGUCCGCAGGCACUGUGCUGACAGCAGGCGGGGGGAGGGAGUGAGAGAGAGGACCCGGGAGCUCAGGCUGCAGCUCCUCCGGGUCCUCCUCUAGCGAGAUUUGGAGAGUUGCCGCGGUUACCACGGCAACGCUCCAAAUCUCACGAGAGUGAACUCUAGCCCUGGAGCGCGGGCUAGAGUUCACUCUCCACACUGGACCACCAGGGAUUCCCACUGGGACCACCAGGGAUCCAGAAAUGUCCCUCCUCCACCUCAAUAAAGGUAAGAAGGGAGGGGGCACAUAGAAUAUUUAUUUUAAUUAAAUCAAAAAUAAAUACAUAUAUUAUUUAAAAAAAGCCCCCCUACCCUUAUCACACACUCCAUACACAUACACCCCCCAUACACACAUACUGCCCCCCAUACACACACACACACCUGCCCCCCAUACACACAUACUGCCCCCAUACACACACACAUGCACACACACUGCCCCCCAUGCAUGCCACACUGCCCCCCAUGCACACACACUGCCCCCACACACACACAUUGCCCCCAUACACACAUUGCCCCCCCAUACACACACAUUGCCCCCAUACACACAUACGCCUCCAUACACACACAGCUAAUGCCCCCAUACACACACUCACUAUACACACACUGCCCCCCAUACACACACACUGCCCCCCAUACACACACACACUGCCCCCAUACACACACAUUGCCCACACUCACACAUACACUGCAAUACUCACACACACACAAACUGUCCCACACAUACACUGCAUCCCUGACAUACACUGCCGCCCUCACUCACAUACUACAACCUUCACACACACACAUUGCUCACACACUGUCCCCCUCACACACACACACACACACACAUACUCCACCCCUUACACAUUGCACCACUCACACACACCACUGCUCCUAUGCCCUACUACAGCCCCAUUUCCCAGCAGACCUCAGGAAAGUUGUCAAACUGUUCUUAAACGGUUUGACUACUUACUCUGGGAGGGGGUCCCGGCACUGUUGACACCAUAACCACUACACUGAGCUGUAGUGGUUAUUGUGUCUGGAUUAUUUAUUUAAAUAAUCUACAAGUGCCCCUCCUGAGAUCAGGCUCUGGAUCCGCCACUGGUUGAGCUAAACUUAAGAGGCAGCAAUUGCCUAGAGAACCUGGCUUGCAAACACAUCUCAUUGAGCUGCAUUGGGAAGUCUAUGAUUGGACAGCUGGGGAAGUCUUGACAAGGUUAGAAGGGGAGGGCUGGCAGAGCCAGCAAACCAUAAAUCUGCAGCUUUUGCAAACUGUUUUUAGAUAUAACUCAAAUGCAAAAAGACAUAAUUAAAUACAUGCAAGUUUUUAUUGGGGAUGUAUCUAAACUAAACAGUAAAUGUUAUUUAUUUUGUAUUUGGGCAGUGGAGUAUCCCUUUAACAUCACCUGAUGUUCUUCACAUACCACGAACAAGAUGAAAAUCUUGUAAUUCUAUGUAGAGUUAUGAGAUGGAUUUCCUUUAGAAGUUUUUUUUUAACCAUAAUCCAGAGGGGCUGUACCUAUAGUCUCCUUACUUGCACUAGUGAAAAGUUUAAUCAGUUUCCUGCUCUAAUCUGUACCUCUCUCGAUCCUCCCUCCCAUUCCCAGCUUAGAACAUGCGCUCACGCACAUGCUCUGGAGUUAGGUACUAAGCACCAUGAAAGUUAAUCUCUAAACACUUUAUCUAGAUUUAUUUUAAAUGUUGCAAAUGUGGCUGAAUAUCCUAUAUAUUUUCUCUCCAAUAAUACAUUUUGUUCUUUCAUUUUUAGAAUCCUUUCAGUACUGUAAAAGGAAGUCAGAUAUGGCCGCACUCAAUCUUACAGCAGCUUCUGAGGAAUUAAUUACUGUUCAGCCAUCUACUAUACCUAUACCAGGGUCAAAUGAUGGCGCUGGUGCAGCAUGGUAUAUCAUUAUGGUAGUGGGCUUCUUCAGGCUUAUUAAGUUCUUUCACCUGAUCAGCAACCUGUGCUAUGAUGAUAUGAAUGAAGAACUGGAUACAGAAUUUAAUGAGAAAAACAAAGACUUCUCUAAAUUAACACCAAAAACUGUGCCUUUUUAUGAGAAUGCUGAUGCAUUCAUAAAAAACAGUAAUUCCACAAAAGGCCAUGAAAAUCACAGUUACACAGACCAGGGACAGAACAAAACUGCACCUACCACUACAACCAAACAAAAUGUUACAGUAGUCGUGGCAACAAUAACUUAAUUUCUGGGUAUUUCAUAUGGAGGCUGUCUAAAAGAACAAUUUUAGGACAGAGUUCAAAAUCAAAGACAGGAACAUUCUGUGGUGAUAGCUACACAUUUAAAACCUUGAUCAAGAUUUGCUUUCUCUUUUUAAAAGAGCCAUUCCUAACACUAACGUUUUCCUCAGCCACCUUAGCACCCACGACCCCGCUCCCCUCAUUCUGAAGGGAUAAAUAACCAUUAUUCACUUAUAAGAAGAGAGGAUAGUCUUCAGUUAAUCUAGUGAAGAAUUACAGGCAAACUAUGAGUUUGUUUUCAGUAAGUGCUUGCUCUAAG